AUACUUGAAAACUAUAAGCAUCCGCAUUCCUUCGACGGCAACAGCCACCAGUGCUCGCCCGUAAUAGCGAUACUUGCCAAGUCACCGCCACGAGUGUCUAUCUCUUCGCUUCAGCAUACGGCCUUAUACGGUGCGGACGGCGUGUAACAUUCAGUCCUAGCUUGACCUUCUCUCACCCAUAGACACAGGGACGUGUCAUUGGCUGCUGUGUAUUAUGGGCUGGUACACCGCUGCUGUCUGCACGAUAGUGCUACUCGUCCUUCUGAGAAUAUACAUGAUUCUACCUGGAAAUCCUCGUGGUAAACGUAGUCUCGGGUCCGUUGUAAGGAGACCAAGUACAGAUACGUGCAGUCUGGCAAUAUUUCUAGGCUCAGGUGGCCAUACAAGUGAGGUCUUGAGUCUCGCUUCCGCACUGGACUUUUCCCGCUACUCUCCACGGACCUAUCUAAUUAGCGAAGGAGAUACCCUUAGUAUCCAGAAGGCUGUAUCCUUAGAAACUUUAAAAUCCGCCGAUACUUCGAAGCUCCAAGGGCGAAGUCAGUGUGUCCUCCUGACCGUUCCUCGCGCCAGGCGUGUACACCAAUCACUUCUUAUGACCCCACCUACGGCACUUUUAUCCCUCCUAUCUUGUGUCUAUCAUGUCACGAUUACGCCUUUACUCAGAACCGAACGUUUCCGGCGUCCAUUCGCCGACGUUCUUAUUCUCAAUGGCCCCGGGACUUGUGUCAUUCUUUGUGCAGCUGUCUUUCUCAAUAAAUUUCUCGGACUACCGGCUCCCAAGCUGAUAUAUAUCGAGUCGUUUGCCCGUGUGCGGUCACUAUCUUUCUCUGGAAAACUCCUCCGUCCAUGGGUAGAUUGCUUCAUUGUUCAAUGGCCAGAUCUUAUCCAAGGCCAAGGCCGGGAAAGAUACCACGGUUGGCUGGUUUAAUGAGGCGAAGGAAUGAUUACAUGUUGGUGCAAUGCGUGUUUUCAUUAAGCGGGUCAUCGAAGAUUAUCGGUGCUUUCGUAAGGUACGGCAUACCAAAGAAAUCUUCUGAUUCCGUAUCGAAAGAGCUGGUUUAUGCCGAGUUGCUGGAACUAACAUGCUUGAACUGACAUGUGCUGCAAUGAACCUGACCUGCAACCGGUGUGCCACAGCACGUUCACCUUUGCUCACCAAUGUGUUCUAGCCUGUGGAAUGUUCUGUCCGUCAUGUUCGGCAUGUGUUAUCGUGGAACAUCAUGUAGAACGUAUGGUGACAAAAGAAAUCUCAGAGCAUUGCUUCCAUUCAUCGAUUUCUUGGCAUGUCAAACAUCAUUUUCCAGUUGAUAUUAGGCGGCAGCUUCAAGUAGUUCAUAGUACAGAUAGAUAGGUAACGAUAGGUCAAGCUUGGUCACCGUAACUCAGUGAUAGCGAUGACUGUAGUUAC